CGGAAAUGAAAAUAUAACGCGCCAUAUUUGACAGCAGGAUGACGGAGAAAAAAAUAAUCAAGCUGUACGAAGAUGGUCUCAGUAAUGAACUUGGGAAAACUGUACAAGAAAUUCCAAACCAGGAGCUUACCCAGAUGAUUGAGAAUAGAGCUCUCCGAGGAAAAGGAGAAGUUCUGCCUUUACUACAAGCAAUUUUGCAAGGCAUAUCUGCUACAGAGCCAAGGAAUGUGAAGAAAUGUAUAUCGGUGUACACACACUGUAUUAACCUGCUGGAGCGGAACGAAAUGAGCAACAAAGAUGCCUCAAAUGUUGUGGGACUUCUUAUGUUGGAGGCUGAUGGAUUACCAGGAACAGCUCUGACUGAAUUGUCAAACUUAUUUAUUGACUUGGUCAAGAAUGGCCAAGCCCAGUGUGGAAAAGGACUGGAACUUCUGCCAAAAAUCUUGUCAGCAUUGGCUAAUGAAGAAACAGUAAUAUAUGGUGACAACAGUAUGAGUGGACCAGAAUACAAAGGUCAUGUCCUCAACAGUCUCUGUUCCUGCAGGUGGAAUGCCCAGAGUGUGAUUUACCUAGCGGGGAUGUUUAAAGAUGUGAACAUGACAUUGGACGAGCUCAAGUUUGUACUGGAGAAGAUGUUGAGGAUGAUGAAAGAAUUGGAACAUGCUGACCUACCAGCUCUUGUGUAUCAACUUCUUCUGUUAUCAGCAAAGGGACAUCAACGUCUAGUCAUCGAAGGAAUUACCAACUUUUUCAUAGAGCAAGACAAAAACUUCCGUGGGAAAUCAACCAAUGAACUCAGUGAGGAUCUGAUGGAAGAUGACAAUGAGGAAACUGUCCGCCAUAUUGAGGGCACCAUCAUACUCCACGUCAGCUUUGCUACCAAACUCGACCACAAUCUUGGCAAGGAAUUCAUCAAAUUUCUCAAGGGUCUACAGCAGGGAUGUACCACACAAGUACUGGCCCCAUUUAACCUCGCCUUGGCUCUGUCCCUGUCCUGUAUCCACAGGUUUGAGGACCAGAUAUUUGACUUUCUGAAAGCGACAAUUUUAAAGAGUUUUAAGGACUGUGAUAAACAGGACCAGUCUGCAUGGGUAAGAGAGGUGGUCCCACAGAGCUGUCAAAUAGAGGAACUAGUGCUGGAGACCGUACAGAACAGUGUCUAUGGCUGGGACCAUGUGAUACAGGGAUUGGUGCAACUUGGUUUUGCGUUAAUGGACUCUUUUGGGCCAAAAGCAGCAUUUGGAAGAGUAGAGGAGACGACUUGUGUGCCAGCGAAUACACCCUCCUAUCGUGCUUGUCAGCUCGGCAGCAAAAUAUUACUUCAUACAUUCAAGGCACACGAGAUGGUCAGAGCCGACAUACUGGAGCAUAUCUUUAACAGAGUGGUUACCAAGGCAACAACCCCUGUCAGCCAUUAUUUGGAGCUACUCUCCAGUACUGUGAUGUCCGCACCCCAGAUCCUGCUGGAGUCGACCCCUAAAGUGAGAGAGAUGUUUGAUUACCUGUCUUUCCUGACACCUUCCUCAGCCGAAGGACUUCUCAAAGCUAUCCAGCCAUUGCUCAAGUUCAGCAUGUCCCUCAAGGAUGCUCUCAUUCUAGUUCUGCGUAAAGCCAUGUUUUCUAGGCAGCUGGAUUCAAGGAAGAUAGGUGUGACUGGAUUCCUCAUGAUCCUAAAGCAUUUCCGAGUGCUUGGAGGGUUACAGCCCAGCCAAGCCAGUCAGGCGAUCUCAUCCAGCCAGGUUCAGGUGGAUGUACAUGCUAGGUAUAACCCGUCCAGUAACGAGGCUCUCUGUCUGGAGAUCAUUGGAAAUCUGAGGCGGGUUCUGACACAGCAGGCUGAUGUACGACUCAUCUUCUAUGAGGGGAUCUACAGAGUUUUGUGUCGGAACAGCCAGCUCCAGGGACCUAUCCUCGAUAUACUGUUAUCACAGUUAAAAAAGUACUAUGAACCUUCUGAGGAUGUGAAUCCUCCGCUGAAACUUGAUGUGUGUAUAUGUGCACAGGGAGACCAAGUCUACCUUCAGGAACCGCUGGCCCAUCUCCUUGGAUGUAUCCAGCUGUCCCUCCUGAAGAUCUCUGAUAUCCGCCGACAACAGACAGAUGAUGAUGGAUCGGACGACGAGACCCACAUACUGGCUGUCAAGUCCGAGCUGGAAGAUAUGUUAGAGAGUAUUACACAGAGAAUGAUCAAAUCUGAGAUGGAGGACUUUGAGUUGGAUAAAGCAGCUGACUUCUCACUUGGAAAUAGUGUUGGUGUAAAGAACAACAUCUUUGCCAUCCUUGUGCUAGGGACAUAUGAAGUGCUCAUGGAAUUCACAUUUCUGUCUGGGGAGUUCAGCAUCAACAGUAUAGAAGAAGUUCUAGAACUGUAUGAGAAUUAUCAGAAGUUAGGAUCUGUACUGAAAGAGAAGGCAAAUGCUGCAGCUGGGAAGAAAGGCAAGGGACCUGUCGGAAAAGCUCCACGGAGUAUGAUGUCCCUGGAUUGUGUCACUGCCAUUCUGGAUGCUAUUAUCAACGACACAGCACUUAGUCAUCAGGACAGUGUACAGGCCAUGCGAGACAACUUGGAAUUCAGGAAGUAUGUAAUGGGUGUGGCUUUACAGAAAAUUCAGCAAAUACAGGACAAGGGAGUAUGUGACGGUCUGGAGGUGGGCGACAGCAACAAGAUACGUCGUCUCGUCUGUAGUCUCGGCAGUGCCUUCCUGAAGCAUUACUCUGAGAACCAGAAGCCGGGAGAGGAAGGAAAGCGUAACCGCAGUAAGGGGAUCUGUGGUCAGUGUUUAGAGGGACUGGUCAUCAUAGUGACCAUACUCACCCAGCAGCACAAGGAACAGCUGGCGUCUUGUCUCUGUGAUAUCUUAGGAGCACAGGACUCGGAUAACCAUCAGGAGGUGAUAUACAGUAACAUCAAAAAGUUUCAGAGGCUGGUAAUGAACCUUCUAUCUGUGGAUGAAGAUGACCACAACUGGAAAGAAGUGUCCCAUUUAUUGACCAUUGUCCAGCUCUUGUGUCGUGAACUGUCGGCCUCCAAUGGUCAGUUUGAGAAAGUGCUGGACUGGAUCCACAAAAUCUGUACAGAACAAUCGAUAGAUGAUUUGUCAACCUGUAAGCUUCUAUUUGGGAUGUUACUGGAAAUGACCCAACAGCGAAAGAGUUGUCCUCCUUAUCUACGAGACAUGGCUCAAGAUAUCCACACCCAGCUUGGUGAUAUAGACCAGGAGGUAGAAGUUGAGGAUCGAACCCAUCAUGCCUCAAUCACGGCACGCACGGCCGCUCCCACCAUUCUCAUGUUGGUCCUACAACAAGUAGAACGUGAACUUGACGACACAGAGUGGGCCAUAGCGCGAAUGAAGGCUGACACUCUGUCUGUACCACAAGAUGAUGACACAGUUGACCUUACACAGCGUGAAGGUCACGAGAAGUCAAUAUGUAGUCGUCUUGGUAUCCUUGUAACGGCCUUCCACGAGCUCAUCCAAUCAGCCGUGCCCGUGGGAGUUUGUGUUGAGGCAAUGAUCAAACAGUCCACUCGAUUCUUCGGCACUCUUACUCUUCUUGUUAAAUAUUACCUUGCCAUGUAUGCACAGAAGGCCCAUCAUGUGACGGCCCGUUUCGAGAAGUUGAUCAAACUGGUCGGAACCCACCUUACACAACACUGCUAUGCCAUGAUCACAUAUAUACAGACGUCGGAGAGCGAACAUAUCCAACACAACGUGGAGAAACAGGGUAAAAAGGACAAGAAAAAGGCUUCGGCUGCAGCCCAGGCAGGGAGGGCAAAAGUGAUGAAGCAGUCAAGGACGAUACCCAACUUAAUAUUUGCAAUCGAAACAUUUGAGAAAUUUCUUAUUCAACUUUCCAAAAAGUCUAAGAUUAAUUUGAUGGAACACAUCAAAAUCAGUACUUCUCGGGAUUUCCGGAUUAACACUGCAGCCUUACAGGAAGUCAUGGCUGAGGCCUCGGAAUCAGACAGUGACGAAGAUGAAGAUACAACCGUAGUCAGUGAUGAUGGUAGCAAGAAUUCAGGAUCAGAGGAGGAUCAGGAAAAUCAGGAGCCUGUCAACAAAAGGCCAUGUCUGGACAAGACUGCCAAAACAUCAAAACUGGGUACAAAGAAAACAGGCCUGAAAAAGGCAUGUCGAUCUUAAAAACUUCAACUAUGAUACAUUUAUAGUAAAACAAUUGGAGUUAUGCAAGAACAGAAAUUUCAAGGAAUAUCACAACAUUGAGAAUUUUGUAAUGAACUUUUUUCCCCAUCAAUUCAGGGAGACAUUGAUUCAGUAAAUUAUGAAAUUUUUUGGCUAUUCUAUUAAAAUCACACAAGGGAUACCAAAACCUAUUGUAAAUCAUCAUUUCUUCCAGAAGUUCCUGCAUGACAAAUCAGAGUUUUCUCAUGCAGUAAAAUAUUUUGUUGGAAUUAUACAUGUUUAUAAGACAAUAGCAAUAUUAUUUAAUAUUUUGUACCACUUUAAUUAGCUGUUAAUUAGUAAGAAAUCUGAAUGUUUUUCACUACUGGUACAAUUAUACUUUACACUGUUUUAUUGUUAAUGAUAUUUUUGUUAUCUUUGUUUUAUGUGUGUUUGAGAUAUUGAAAAUUAAAUAUUUUAGAGAUUUUAA